GCCUGUUGGUUUACAGGAACCCUACAAAAGUCCCAGGCUGUCCCCAUCCAGCAGCAGCAACACCCAAUCCAAUCCGUCGCUCAAACUCUUCCCUAAUAACCUUCCACACCUAUUAGCCUAGUAGUAACAAAAACCCAAAUAAUCUUUAGCUUUUCACUCUUUUAAUCCUUCCAAGUCCUACUGCUCCUCAUUUCUGAAAACUCCAACGAAUAAAAUUUUUUCAGUAUCCCUCUCAAAAUGGAAGUCCGUUAUCCCGGCAAAAUCUUACCCCCCGAACAAACCCAAAAUAAGAAAUACAAAAUUAAAAACAAACAAAAACAGAAAAAAUAAAGAAUAACCUCACAUGUUUAUAUCCGAAUACGACUAUCAAUAACUACAAACCAAAUCUCCAAACCCAAACCCAUUUCUCUUCCUCUUCCUCUUCCUCUUCCUCUUCUCCUCCUCCAUAUUAUACGCACACGCAGACGCGCACCCAUUUUUUGAAACGUCUCCGUCGCUUUGUUUCGUCGAAGAUUACUAAUCAACGGUAGAUAUGGAGAGAGAAUGAGGAGGAAUCAACGGCUACGAUUGCUGUCUUCGUCGGUAUCUCAAAACCAUUAUCAAUAUGUCCGAUCACUUCACGGACUUACUAUGCGGUGAAGAUUCCGACGAUGUAUUCUCCGGCGAGUCGCCGGCAUGUUCGUCUGAGCUGGACUCUCCGGCGUCGUGCAUCGAAGAAUCUUCCAUCGCUGGCCUUAUUGAAGAGGAAAGGAACUUCGUCCCCGGAUUCGAUUACCUGGCUCGGUUUCAGUCCCAGACUCUUGAUGCAUCUGCUCGAGAAGAAUCUGUUGCAUGGAUUCUCAAGGUACAAGCAUACUAUAAUUUCCAGCCUUUGACGGCGUAUCUUUCCGUUAACUACAUGGAUCGGUUUCUGUAUUCCUGCAGCUUGCCGCAAACUAGUGGGUGGUCAUUGCAACUUCUAUCCGUGGCUUGCUUGUCGUUAGCGGCCAAGAUGGAGGAACCUCUUGUUCCAUCUCUUUUAGAUCUUCAGGUAGAGAGCGCCAAAUAUAUUUUUGAACCAAAAACAGUUCGCAGAAUGGAACUGCUUGUGCUGACGGUUUUGGAUUGGAGGCUGCGAUCAGUAACACCAUUCAGUUUUGUUGGUUUCUUUGCAUGCAAGCUCGAUCCAACAGGAACUUUUUUCGGGUUUCUGAUUUCAAGGGCAACGAAUAUCAUUUUAUCGAAUAUCAAAGAGGCCAGCUUUCUAGAGUAUUGGCCGUCAAGCAUUGCGGCUGCAGCAAUACUUUGUGCAGCCAAUGAAAUGCCAAAGUUGCCUCUUGUUAAUCCUGAACAUGUUGGGUCAUGGUGUGAUGGACUAAGCAAAGAGAAAAUCCUUAGCUGCUACAGGUUAAUGCAAGAACUGGUGCUUGACAAUGCCAGGAGGAAACCACCCAAGAUCUUACCGCAGCUUCGAGUAACGAUCCGGCCCACAAUGAGGUCCAGUGACUCAUCCUCCUCCUCAUCUUCUUAUAAAAGGAGAAAACUAAAUAACUGCUUGUGGGUAGAUGAUGACAAAGGAAACUCCGAGUAAGGGGAGGAGGGAAAUAAGCAAGAAAUGGUGGAGAAAAAAAAAAAAGAAAAAAAAUGGUAGCCCAAGUUGUCUAGAAACCUCAACAUUUUUUCUGGAGGGCUUUGAGAGUAAAUUGACAUGAGUGAUGUAGAUAAUAUGGUGUAUAUACGUAUGUAUGAAGGAGUUUGGAGAUUUAUUAAUUUUUUUCGUUGGUGGGCAUUGUCAUUCAUUAAUGGCUUUGCAGAUUCCCAAGGGAGUGGGAAUUUGUUACAUAAAUAUUAGGAAAAAAAGGCUUUGUUUAAUAUAUAGUGGGAGUCAUGAAGCGCGAAAGAAGUGGGGGGUUAUUAUUAUUGAAUGAAAGGGGUCCCCCUAGGCAAAGGGGUUAGACGGAAAGAAGGGGAGAAAAUUCUAACAGAGACGGGGAGAUUGUCGGAUUUAGGGAUUGAAUGUUGGUUGAAGUUUGAGCAUCGCGAUGACGUGGAUUAGAGUCAAAGCUUUCCCAUCUAUCUAGGCUACUCUCGUUGCUUCAACAUCCCUCUCUCUCUCUUCAGUAUUUGACAAUGCACAAAUACAAACAUAAAAAAGGAACAAUAAAUAUGGCUCCUUUUUUUUUAUUAUUAGUAUUAAGAGUGGUUUGCGUGCACACGCAUUUGGCAUGUGUGGCAGGCAAGUGUGUAUGUGUGCUUUUCUGGCGGGAAAUGCCUCUUCCUCUUAGUCUACUGGUGUUCAUGCGUGUGAUGGUGACACGUGUGAAUUUGUUUUUUAGUCGCUUUUUUUAUAUUUUUUCCAUUUCCUUAAAGGGGAAAAAGGAAAACUUCUUUCACGGCCAUCGUUUGGCAUAACAUAUACGAAGGUCUGUGGGGCCUUUCAAGCGUGUUGUAUUUGAUUCGUGAA